GUUACGGAUAUCAUACAGCUUACUAUCGCUGCAUGCUACCUUUCUUGACCAUCCGCCUCUUUUUGGGUGGGCCCGUUAAUAACUUACUUCCACAUAACCUCAACGGAGAAAGCGGUCCUAUGUUGCCACAUUUGGGAAGACACGUCACAACCAUUUAUGCAUGCAGUUGGAGAGGAAGACACUGUACGCGUAUGAUACAUCACUUAAUAACCGCUACCAAUCAGUGGUCUCGUCUUAUCUCUCCUGAGUAUGCAAAGAUGCCAAGUUAGGCAGCCACUGGUAUUCCAGAGUCAACCUUCUAACUUACCUCAACAUCGUUAACAAAGAGCAGGACGAGAAUGUUAAGCUUUAUUUAAGAUAGCCAAGUAGGCCUUACUGAGUCAACACACACUCUAAGCUCCACAAGUUAUUUGUACUUAGGAGGAAAUGGAGGAUGCCUUUUUCUCCCGUUUUCCAGGCUUCCAGCCUAACCGGUCUCUUUCUACGGCCGAAGAAUUUUCUCGUCUAGCACAUCAUAUGAAUUGGAGUCCUGGUUCUAAGAAAUACAGAAGAGAACUGGCCAAAUUCGCAAGUACAGAGUUUGCGCAUUAUUAUGAGAUCGGCAAUAAGCUCCAAAACUACCGGGCUCUCUGUCAGGAACUACGGCUCGAGGGGCCUUUUACUAGCGUCACACAGUGCCGAAAGGCUCUUGCUAAAGUGCAUGUCAAUAUUUUUGACCUAAUUGACUCUCGCCGCACAGGAGCGACUGUUCAAAGAUUUCCUAACCAAGCCGCGCUCAAGAAGUAUACCAGAGAAACCCAAAAGAUAUUCCCUAAGCAAGCGGCCAAAGCAGAUGGCUUCCUUAAAGAACUACUACGCAAAAUCUUCUGAUUAGGUACGAAUGGCGGUAUUAGUUUUUUUGAGCUAAUGAUGGGAAUUUUGCUUCGAGGCUACAAGCUUGGGGCAUACUCUGUAGAACGGAUUUUGGAAUGUCCUAUGUUCUAUA